AUUCGAGUCCAAGCUCCGAGACGUAAAUUAAUGGAGCCGUCAAAAGGAAUUGUCCAACCCGAGUACCAGAAAACCAGUUUUUUGACUAUGAAAUUUCUUUUCACUACUAUAUAUAUCCAUCAAAUGUCUCUCUCUCCCAUAUAUCCAUAUACGAAAGCAUUAAUCUCAUAGCAUCGCAUAGACACACUUAACACAUUUUUAAGAGGUAGCAACACAUCAGGGACGACCUGUAGAACAUAGCAAAAAAUGGCUAGCCACAUGGGUUUGAUUGGGUGCUUGAUUGUCGUGGUGGCUUUACUAAAUGGUGCAACCACUCAAGUUACGGCCGCAGUUGAAUAUCAAGUCGGAGACAGCUUGGGCUGGGCUGUACCCCCAAAUACUUCCUAUUACUCUACUUGGGCUAGCUCAAAAACAUUCUUCCUUGGCGACAUAUUAACAUUCAAUGUGACAAACGGGACACACUCUGUGGCCAAGGUAUCAGAGGCUGAAUAUAAUGCCUGCACAAAAGUAACAUCUGUUUUAAUAACCAUAGCUUCUGUCUCAUUUGGAUACACUCUUGAAACUGCCGGUACUUACUACAUCAUCUGCACUAUUAGUAACCACUGUGAACAAGGUCAAAAGUUUUCUUUCAAGGUUGAAUCCACUGGAUCACCAACUGAAUCGCCGCCCAACUCUGCUUCAUCUCUAACAGUUGGUGCCUUAUUUGCUGUGCUCACCACCACAGCCAUCUCUUUCUUGACUUACUUCUAAUAAAUGUCCCCAAAUUCUGAAUUAUUGAUUUGUUUUUAUUUAUCCCCGUGUUUUAAUAGCAAGCAAGAAUAAGAGCAUCGUGUCUCUUAUCAUAUGUACGGAUAUUUAAUAAUUUUCUGUUUAACAAUUAUUUACGUCU